AUGAGGGCGUUCCAGAUUCUUUCUGCAGCCCUGGUGGCGACGGCCGCCAGGGGCCAGAUUCUGUCCAGCUAUCCAAGUUACGGCGGCUAUGGCAAACACUUAUAUGGACUCGGUAUCGGCGGAGUCUCGUACGGGGCCAGUUACACGCUUCCGGUGAGCGGUGGUAUUAGCUACGCUACACCUGCCGCUGUUUCGCGUUCCUCCCGCACGCUGGUGUCGUCUGCUCCAGUAGCUUCCGUAGCCGCUCCGGUAGCCGCUCCGGUUGUUUCGGUAGCUGCGCCAACUAUUUCGCCGGCUGCUGCUAUCUCUGUGGGUGCUGCUGCCCCAACUGUUUCUUACAUUUCCGGCUCGCAAGGCCUUGGUGGACGUGUUGCUUAUAGUGGCCUUGGCGGAGGCGUUACCUAUGGUGCUAAUGGAUCUGGUGGAGCCACCGUAACCGGCUCCGGCGAAGGCAUCCGCUCGCACGAGAUCCACACUGGCGGAUCCGGAAACACCAUCCGUGUUGAAGAGUACAAGGCCGGUGGCCAGGUUAUCCGUGUCCACGACGGACCGCGGCGCGGUACUCAGGUCAUCGAUGUCCAGGGACCGAUCGCUCCUGAAAACCACAUCCGUCUUGUUUCACGCACCGGUGCUACCCAGAUUGACCGUGCUACUUACCAGGACCCCCACGUUCAGGUGUUCGACGUUGCCAACCCGCCGCUGCCCGGAGACCGCGUCAUCAAUAUCCGCAAGGCUCCCGCUCCUCCUGCUCAAGUUGAGCUGAUCGCCGAGCAGCAGCAAGCCGCUCCCGAAAUCAUCGUUGGCGGUGACGAACCCAACAUUCAAAUUCAGCAUGUUGGUGGAGAAUCGAUUGGCGGUCGAAUCGUGGCUGCCCCAGCUGUCUCUGUAGGUGCGCCUGCCCCUGUUAGCUCUAUCAUCGGCUUUCAUUCUACCCCUGCAGUCUCUAUAGCUGCGCCUGCUGUUGCCGCGGCCGUUCCUACCUCGACCUACGCUACUGGUAUCAGUGCUGCCCCCGUUGUCUCCUACUCUACCGGUUACGAUUCCAUCUACGGAACUGGAAUCGGUUACGGCUAUUCUGCCCCCUCCUUUUCGUACGGAACUUCCUACAUGUCUGGAUAUAGCACCGGAUCGGGUCUCAAUGGAAGCUCUUUCGGGUCGACUGCCAUCCUUCAUACAACAAAGAGCUCCGCAUGA